GCUAAUCGGCCCCUCCGAUCCGCCCAGCUGGCCCGCUGCGCCUGCGCGGAACCCUAGACGAAUGGGCGAGGCGGCGGCGGCGCACCGGAGGAUCCAGUUCCACGCGUCGGCGAGGCAGGGUGCGGGGGCGGGGGCGGCCGGAGGGGCCCCGAUGCAGAGGCCGUACUCGAACCCCGACAGGCGAUUGGCGCUAGCGGCGGCGGAGGCGCGGGAGAAGAAGGGGGAGGCGGGCGCGGGCGGGCUCGAUCGGGAGCUCGCCGCCAAGGUCUACCUGCGCACAAUCGGGGCUGGCUUGCGGAAUCUCGGCAAUACGUGCUACCUCAACUCGGUCCUGCAAUGCCUGACGUACACGGAGCCCUUCGUGGCAUACCUGCAGAGCGGCAAGCACACGUCGUCGUCAUGCCGAGCAGCUGGAUUUUGUGCACUGUGUGCUCUCCAGAACCAUGUUAGAUGUGCCCUACAGUCAACUGGGAAGAUAUUGACACCGGUGCAGUUUGUGAAGAACUUAAAAUGCAUUUCUCGUAGUUUUCGUUACUAUAGGCAGGAAGAUGCACACGAGCUAAUGGUCAACUUACUUGAGUCCAUGCACAAAUGCUGUUUACCUUCGGGUAUACCAAGUCAGUCUCCGAGUGCUUAUGAGAACAGUCUAGUUCACAGAAUAUUUGGUGGCCGCUUAAGAAGUCAGGUGAGAUGUGCAAGUUGCUCCCACUGUUCCAGCAAAUUCGAUCCUUUCCUGGAUCUCAGUCUGGAAAUUGCUAAUGCUGCUACAUUGCUGAAAGCACUUCAAAAUUUUACUGAAGAAGAGGCUUUAGAUGGCGGGGAGAAGCAGUACAAUUGCCAGAGCUGCAAGAAAAAAGUUGUGGCCAAGAAAAGAUUUACAAUUGAUAAGGCUCCUGAUGUAUUGACAAUUCAUCUGAAGCGUUUUAGUCCUUUUAACCCUGGUCAAAAGAUCAACAAAAAAGUGGAUUUUCAGUCAACUUUGAACUUGAAGCCAUUUGUCAGUAAUUCAGAAGGCAUGGAUUUCAGAUACAGUCUUUAUGGUGUGUUGGUUCAUGCUGGCUGGAAUACACAAUCAGGUCACUAUUAUUGCUUUGUUCGGACUUCUAGUGGGAUUUGGCACAAUCUUGAUGAUAACGAGGUUUGCCAAGUUCGUGAGGCAGAUGUAUUGAGGCAGAAAGCCUAUAUGUUAUUCUAUGUGCGUGACAGGGUGAGGAGCUCAGUGAUGUUCAAAAAUAAUGGUGCUACUGGUUCGUUAGUUAAGAAUGCUAUUUCUGAGAAGACCGCUAAUAUGAAUGGCACAAUUCGAAACGGUUUAAUGGAAGCAAAAUUGAAUGUUCCCUCAUUUACCAAUGGAGAUGUUAAGUCGCAGAAGCAGAACCCAGAUGAUGGUCGUCCUAGCAUUUUUGGCAGCAGCUCACAAGGCCAGUGUUCAAAAUAUUCUAGCAGUACUGGAGUUAUUGAAGCCGCAGCUGUCCAAAACAAUGGUGUCCAAAACAAUGGUAUGGUUUCAGUACAGACAGCUGCUGCUACCUUGUCCAUCAACACAACCAAGACAACUUCAGAUAGUGAAAGGGAGAUAGUUUCAUCAGCACAGCCUGAUGUUAUUGUUCCUCAUAAUUCAAGCUGUGACCCGAAGGCGUAUGAGAAGCAAUUGCAAGAACAGCAACCUGAGUCCGAUGGUGCAUUUACUGAUUCAGGUAAAGGCAGUACUGCUGCCUUGCCCAUAUGCAAUUGCAGUGAUGGGAUGUUGGAAGAAAAUCACCAGGCUUCUGAACCUCGAACAGAUCCAUGUGGUGAACAAACUCUCAAUACAAGUAAGCCAGCGGAAAGUGCAGAAAUAAAGAAAACCAAGGAUAUGAUGCUUUCUGUUUCUAAUGGAACAAUGUCCAGUAGAGAAGAUUUAACCUGCUGUAAUGAAGCUAAAGAGUCAGCAGAGUCUGGGAAGGAACCUGAUAAAAUAGCUAUGGAGGAGCUUUCUGUGGAGAACACAGGUGCUAUAACAAAUGCAGUGGAGCAGGCUUCUAUGCAGAACAAUGAUCUGGUAGCUGGGCAGGCUCACCCUGAGACACACUUCUAUUCUGAAGUUUCCGCACAGGCACUCUGCCCUGAAAUUUCCGCACAGGCGAUCUGCCCUGAAAUUUCUCCACGGGCGAUUUGCCCUGAAGUUUCUCCACGGGUGACCUGCCCUGAAGUUUCUGCACAUGCGAUCUGCCCUGAAUUGUCUGUACAGGCGAUCUGCCCUGAAGUUUCUUCACAGGCGGUCUGCCCUGAAGUUUCUCCACAGGCGGUCUGCCCUGAAGUGUCCGCACAGGCGGUCUGCCCUGAAGUGCCCGCACAGGCGGUCUGCCCUGAAGCUUCUGCUCAGGUGAUCUGCCCUGAAGACCCUGCACAAGUGUUGGACAAGGAUCCAUGCCAUGGUAAUUUACAUACAAUGAAGGAUUUGAAGUCCAAGAAGCAUAAGGAUUAUUCAACUGUGCACUUGCUUUUUGUGUCCAAGCAACCUUUACUUGCUGCACUAAAACUGCACAAGAAAAGGAAACACAAAAGAGCUAAAAGGCAGUCCAUUGACAAUGGAAUCAUCGCCGAUGAUCAGCAGACAUCAACAUCAGAAACUGUUUUUACCAAGGACAUAUCAUGUAAAUCCCAUAGAAGACGCAAACGCUCCCGCGCCGCUGCAAGUUCAGAUAAUGGUGUUGAGAUAUCCACGAAGAAACCACAUCUCGCUGAACGCCCCAGCAGUGCUGCUGACCUUCCCGUGGACAAGAAAGACGACAAGGAUGCAACACUUGCUAGUGCCGAGCUACCAGGUGCAUGCGUAAGCUCUGUUGCGGACCAGAUUGAUUCAAGAAACAGUGCACAUGCAAAUGAGGGAGUCCCCCGGCAUUUCGAUCUCCUCACAAGGGGUUUGAGAGAAAUCCCUGUUCCACUGUGGGAUGACAUUGACAUGUCAGAUAGGAAGGCAACAGGGUUUCAAUAUCCGAGAAGGACCGACAGUAUUGGUUAUGUGCUAGAUGAAUGGGACGAGGGGUAUGACCGUGGGAAAAGGAAGAAGGUGAGGAAGCCACGUGAGGAGCCGAACGGACCGAACCCGUUCCAAGAGGCGGCCGAUGUCAGAGCACGGCCGAGGAAGAGACCGAGAUCCGACCAGGCCAGAUGGGGAAACCAGCCUCGCAGGAUAUGACAAAUCGGAGCAGCAGACGAUGUUGUUGUAUCUAUCACCCAGUUUUGCAGUGAUUGUUUUUCAUUUAUUCUUGUUUUGCUUCCCUCGGUGUACGUUACACUAGUUGUUUUUCCUCCAGUGUUUUCCCCCAUCCUUCAUGUGUUAUGUAAGAGCCCUGACAGAUAUUCGAAGCAUGUUGUUCGUUUUCUGAGUGAUCAGUGAUCAGAUCGAGCAACAAAUCCAACA